AUGACUUCAAGCAGUGUGUUAAGGGAUUUGAUGGCUCCCUUUCAAAGAAGAUCAUUUGCUUCUACGUUGUUGGGUCAAGACAAUCUGUGUUGCUUUCCAUUGACUUUUACUUUGGAGUCAUCCUUUGUUCAAAACAUGAAUGGUUCAGUCUUCAUGACUGGAAAGUCUGCCACCUACCAAGAUUAUGACAAUCAAAGAAUCAGAAUCGAAUCCGAAUACACUGCCUACGGACAAACAUUUAAAGAUAUGGCUCUUCGAUUUAAACUUGGUUCAACAAGUUACAAUUACCAUGUCAAGGACAAUACAUGCACAUGUUAUGUGGGUGAGUUCAUUAUUGACAAGAAGUGUGUUCCAAACACUCCCAUUGUUCAAAAAGCAAACAUUUUGAACUUGAAAGCCUUUAAAAUUGAAGAGAGAAAGAGCAAUGGCUACUCUAUGAAUGAGUGGUUGGUUCAGGGAGAUCACAUGAGCGGAGAUGAGUGUUUGCCAUUCCGCAGUUAUAUGGUUGCCAAUAAUCUUAGUAUCGUUGAAACCGAAGGCACUAAUGUAAAAGCAAGUGUGGAUGCCAAUGUGUUUAAGGUGCCACAACAUUGCCCAACAUUGGACAAGUGUAGUACAAGAAAUUGA